UUUUAUGGUUUAUUUUUAGUGUGGAAGCCAUGACAUCAGUAACAUCUCAACAACAGCAGCAUCCUGUGACCAGGGCCAAGGAACAAGACCCCUCCAUUAGUACUUUAGUUCAUCUUGGUCCACAAGGUGAAUUCAUACAUAAAAAUACUUUGAAGUAUUUUGAAAAUAAAAAGCUUCGAUAUGUAUGGAAUCCAGAAAGAGAAGAAUUUGUGAGACUGAGAGGUCUAGAGAUGAAUGUUCCGUGCUCCAAACUUUUAACUAGCAAAGGGAUUUCUUCUAAAGAUCAAAUUCUGAGAAGAGUGUUGUAUGGGGAUAACUCUAUUGCAGUCAGUAUUGACUCCAUUCCACGGAUUCUCUUUAGUGAGGUCCUGGAACCUUUUUAUGUUUUCCAAGUCUUCAGUGUUAUUGUGUGGUACCUUGAUGAUUAUCCUUAUUAUGCCUCUUGUAUUAUUGUCAUGUCACUUCUCUCUCUCACGACCGGAGUGUAUCAGAUUCGCAAGAACCAGAAGACUUUAUAUGAUACAGUGUAUGGAUCUGAUUUGGUAACCAUUUGUAGGGGCAAAGAUGAAUAUGAAGAUAUUCCAUCAGAACAUUUGGCACCUGGUGAUAUGCUUGUGAUUCCUCGUCAUGGCUGUGUAAUGCAGUGUGAUGCAGUUAUAGUCACCGGAAACUGUAUAGUCAAUGAAAGUAUGUUGACAGGAGAAUGUGUUCCUAUCACAAAAACAGCUCUUCCAAAACCAGUAAAUGUUUAUGGUGUACCUGAAAAGUUGUAUAGUCCUAAAGAGCAUGCUCGACAUUCACUGUUUUGUGGAACAAAAGUAAUUCAAACCCGUUAUUAUGGCAAGGAAAACGUUACUGCUGUGGUAGUAAGAACUGGAUUUCUUACUGCUAAAGGUGAUCUUGUUAGAUCUAUUAUGUUUCCUAAACCAGUAGAUUUCAAGUUCAACCGACAUUUAGGAAAAUUUCUGCUUUUUCUGGCUGGUCUGGCAAGCAUAGGUUUCAUAUAUACAGUUAUUAUUAAGAGUACUAGGGGAGUUCCAGCAGGAGAAAUUGCAUUAAGAGCCCUUGACCUUAUCACUAUUAUUAUACCUCCAGCUCUUCCUGCUGCAAUGACAAUAGGAAUUGUGUUUGCUCAGAGCCGAUUAAAAAAACAUCAGAUCUACUGUAUAUCUCCAAGGUCUAUAAAUCUGAGUGGUUGUAUUGACUGUGUCUGCUUUGACAAGACAGGAACUCUUACUGAGGAUGGACUUGAUAUGUGGGGAGUGGUCCCUGUUGAAAAUGGGAGUUUCAAAGGGGUAGAGAAGAAGCCAUCCAGUUUAGAGCAAGGACACCUUUUAGUUGGUAUGGCAUCUUGUCACUCAUUAACUAUUAUAGAUCAGCAACUGAUUGGAGACCCACUAGAUAUGAAAAUGUUUGAGUCAACAAACUGGCAUUUGGAAGAACCCGACAUUGAUGAUACAACGAAGUAUGAUGUAAUUACUCCAACCAUUGUUAAGCCCAAGAAACCUGAUAUAGUGCAAAGUAGUGAGAAUGUGGAAGUAAAUCCUCCCUAUGAAAUUGGAAUUGUACGACAAUUUCCAUUCUCUUCAAGUCUACAGAGAAUGAGUGUGGUGACAAGGGUAUUAGGGGCCCAGCACUUUGACUUGUACACCAAAGGAGCUCCAGAAACAAUAGCUUCACUUUGUGAUCCAACUACAGUAAAGGAUUUCUUGUUUAAGGUGGCUGUCUGUGGAACUGUUUUUGCUAGAAUGGCACCAGAACAGAAACAACAGUUAGUGGAACUACUACAGGAGCUGGGAUAUUAUGUCGGAAUGUGUGGAGACGGAGCCAACGAUUGUGGGGCAUUAAAGGCAGCUCAUGCUGGUAUUUCAUUGUCUGAGACAGAAGCUUCAGUAGCUUCACCAUUUACCUCCAAAACCCCAGACAUUUCUUGUGUACCAAUAUUGAUUCGAGAAGGACGAGCUGCACUGGUCACAUCAUUUGGUGUCGUCAAGUACAUGGCUUGCUACAGUAUGACCCAGUUUAGCUGUGUUAUCAUACUCUACACACUGAAGAGUAACAUGACAGAUUUUGAGUUCCUGUAUGUUGAUCUCUUCCUCAUCACUUUGUUUGCUGCUCUCUACUCUGUCUUUUCAUCCUACAGGUAUGUGCCUCACGUGCCAGAAGACGAAGAUGACCUGGCUUGUCACGACAAUUAUGCUAUUUUUGCUGUUUCUGUUUUUCAGUACAUUACACUUGCUGUAAUUUUUUCAAAUGGGAAACCUUAUCGAAAACCUUUCAUUACUAACUCUCUGUUUCUUGCUGCACUGAUAAUCAUGGCAUUGUUCAGCGUCUACUUGGUUGUAUAUCCUAUCCCCUGGCUGGCAGAACAGUUUGAAUUUCAACUUGAGGGUACAACAAUUGAGUUUCGAUGUAGUGCAGUUGCUAUUGCAUUUGGUCAUUUUCUCAUUGCGUAUAUUGCAGAGACUUAUAUAAUUGGUCACCUGGUAUUCAGAAAGUGCUAUGGUAAACUAAAGUGUGGUAAACAGAAUAUUGCUCAAUACAAAAAUAUUGAAGAUGAAACCAGAUAUUCACCUGACUGGUUGCCACUGAGUGGAUCUACAACUGAAACUUCCCUGACAACAGUCCAGACCAUUGACUCAGGAAAUUAUAACCUAUAUGCUGAAUCUACAUACCAGUCAGUAAGCAAGAUGUGACCACAUUUUUUGUGCUUCGGCAUUUACAUCAGAUUUCAAAAAUAUUGAAAUAAACAUUGGUUCUCUUCUGAAAAAUGAAACUUACCCAUAUCAAUAUUCAGAGCAUAAUUAAUAUAUUACAUACUUGAAAUCUGACACAUCUGAACUAAUUUAAUCCAAUUGGUGCCUCAAGAAAGAGAAGUCUCACUAGAAGCAAUUAAUACAUGAGGUGGAAGCCUCAGUGAAGUUGAAAUGACAAGACUGUGAACAUAUGAUUGUAAGUUUUUAGAGUAUGUAAUCUUUGUAUUUCAUUGUAUUAGAGUGGCUAUGUAACAAUUAUGUAUUACUAACAACACACAACCUUUCAAAUAGAAUAUUCCGUAAAUAUGAAACUGUAGUGCAUUUAGUAAUAAAAGUGUUAUUUACUAAGGCUGACAAGGUCGUUUUUAAUUCGUUAAAAUAAUAAUGCUUUUUGUUUUGUUUUUCUGUUUAGCUAAUUGGUUGUUACUGUUUUUAACAUUAUAAGCCCUCAGACUUCUAAUCCAUGAGAUACCUCUCGUGCAGUGGUUAGAUCAGGAGUACUGAAAUUGGCUAAGGAGAUUGGUGAGGCAAAGCAUCAUGUAAUAUGAUCUCUACCUGGAUGAUAAGGAGGAAGACUUUGACUGAUUGUGAUGAAUGAUAUAAAGAUGAGUCGAUUGUAGAACAGCAUAGGUGUUCAAGAACUCUUUUGUGGCACUGACAUAAACAUCCACAUCAGUAUGGCUGGAAUUAAAACCAACUAGUGGUUAAGAUGACUCUUUGUACAAAAGUUAAAAGGGAGGUGCAACACUCUCUGUCUGAGCCAUGGGAUGAGGUUUCAGGGCAAAAUAUCUACAACUUAUUUUGUAAUUGUCACUAAAUUACAUCAGUUAGGACAGAUGUUGGUCGAAGGUCAACAACUGUAAGGAUGAGGAGACCUUUAUGAAUUAUCUGUUGACUAUGUAGUUUUACAGUUCAUGCCACUUUUGACUCUGUAGAUCAUUACAUCUAGGUCAAUCCAAUUCAAGUGCAGUUAUUAUAUGUAACCAUAGAAAACUAGCAGUUAGUGUAACUGUUGAUUGCUAGGAACACUGAUACACCAAGUUUUUGUGAUCCUUGCUGUCCCGGAACUCAAAGGAAGUUUUACUAGAAAAAUCGGCAGACAUUUACCAGAGGGACUAUCUGAGACUUUUUAUGUAUGUAUGUAUGUAUUACUUUAUAUUGAAAAAACUUUGUCUCCUUUUGGUCUUUAAAGUGUAUAGAGAUUUAAUAAGAUAUAUUAAACUGGUUUUGGAGACUUACCAUGAAAGUCCGUGUCACUAUCUGGCCAUAUUCUAUUUGACUACCAUGCAGCAGCAGUGGAUUAAUGGGAGGGCAGAUGGCUCCAAUGGAAGUGUGAGAGUCCGUGUCACUAUCUGGCCAUAUUCUAUUUGACUACCAUGCAGCAGCAGUGGAUUAAUGGGAGGGCAGAUGGCUCCAAUAGAAGUGGGGACCCCAAAGAUUUAGGCUAGGAUACUGUAUGUGAAGAGAAUUAUUGAAGGGAAACGAGUUUUUAAAAAUAUUUUUUUUUUAAUUGGGAGUGCUAUUUAAAAUUUUAUUAUAGUUAUGAAUGAAUAAAUACUUAUUUUGUGCAAGAUUUAUGUUGUUAAAAUAGGAUUAACAAUCAAAAAUGUACUUAUACAAGAAAUUGUAUAUCAAAGUGUAUAUUUAAACAUGAUUUAACACUUAUCUUAUACAACAAAAAUAAUAUCCGUGAGUGGGUCCCAGUAUUAUUCACUGUCCUGUGACCCUGAGGUUUCUUAAUCUGUUGCUGCUGUGCAGCAUAGUUUCCAUAGCAUUGCCAUAAGGCUCUCAUGUCUAAAGCACAUCAAUCAUCCAUGCUGAUUUCCAUAAUCCAUCUACUGUAUGAGGAAACAGGUGUUUCACCAGUCUAAUCACACAAAUCCAUAGCUGCUGUGUCAAGUGGCUUGUCUAACAUGUCUUCAUGUGGAAAAAUGUGAGUACUUGUUUCAUUUUCCAACUGUUUGAUGUAUGUAACAGUUGAAGGUAUGUGUUGAGGAAGCAACUUGUGUACAUGUAACUUAUGUCACUUUUCCAGAUGGAGAUCCUUCUUCAUUAUGUUGCAUGCUGUUGCCUGGGGCAUAUGUAAGGCCCUUGUCACUGACCUUUGGGUUCAUAGAUUCUCACCAGUUACAAGAUUCUAAAUUUCUCUUAUCAUGACCAGAGUAUGAUUGGCUGCAAGUCUUGUUCUGAAUGUUCUUGGAACCCCAGGUUCAUCCCUAUUCCUUUAUUUUCCAAAAUCAUUAAGGUACAAGGGAUAGGGAUAUCCCCAUGUUGGAACCAAGUCUUUGAUCUGAACACAUCUUUCUAAUCUAAGUUUACGAAUAUUUUUUGCUAACAUCGGCUGUUUACAUACCCUUCCCAAAAACAAUUUUCAGUGGCAUUGACACUACCUACAAACAACUUGAAAUUUAGUUCUUUUACGUACCAUUCUUUCUUUCAGCUACGAUUGUUACGUGACUAUAUAAUUAUAAUAUAAUGUAGUGAACUCGCUGUAAAUUGUGUUUAUAGUUUAUACAUUUCGUAACAAAGUAAUUGUGAUAAACUAUUGUUUGAGUUUUCAAAGCAAACAACAUAUAAGAUACAGUAAAUUCUUCAAGUAAGAUAAUAUGAGAUAUUUAUACAGUGUAGUAAAUUUCUGCUUAGUUGAAUUUUACAUUUCUACUAUUUAUGGUGCAUUUUUCUUUGUAUAUUUAUUUCUUUAUGCUGGAAUAUUAUGAUCAUUGUGGUUAAAUUUAUUAACUGCUUCUUUAAAUAUUAAAAAACAAGAACACAGUUCUAUAUUUAAUAUGAUGUGUGAUAAACGUUUUCCAGAUUUAUUUGUUUAUUGUUCUCGUGUAUUAUGGUCAGUGCAUUAACAGUUGUCUUCCAUCAUCAGUCAAACUGAAAUGUAGUUUUUUUUACACCCAUUUUAUAAAUCAAUUAAAUACUGAUGUUCCAUGUCCUAUGCUUUCCUUGGAAUUGCUUCUUCCAUCAUAAAUCUGCUCAGUCUGAUAGUCAUGAAGAUGCAAUAUUGUCUGGCAUUUCAGUUUGUAUUAUAACAAGCUUAUGUGAAUGAUGUAGAGGUCAAUGUUAAAUAUUGACAAACUUUCCACAAGCCAUCCUGUGUGCAGGUAACUAGUUUAAGCAGAACGAAAGUACAAAAGUCCAGUGGAGCUUCUUCAUAUCAAGGAUUUGACAGAUAUAUGGUUGAAUGGGACCUGUUAUUCUGCUGAUUACCCAUAGUGGACAAAGUUCAGAUCGCCUGUUAUGUAGCUUUGUGCAAAAACAAACAAACUCGUGGAA